CAAGGUGACAAAACUCCCGCGUUAUCCCCUCCCCCUCCCGCAAACUAACAACUACAAAACCCUACACAGAAAAUCCCCCAAUCGAAUCGAAUCGUUACGAACCCUAAUCAAAUAAGCUUGUUCAAUACCUUAAUCCAAAACGGAGACAUGGUGCGAGCCAAUCAAUCAGAUUCAGAAACCGAAGAAACCGGCUCCGAUUUGACCCCACAGAGAAAUGGGACUGGGGGUUCAGAAAAUAUGACAGAUUACGAGAAACAGAGGAUGAAAAGGAUCGAAGAGAACAAAGCCAGAAUGAAAGCAAUGGGUUUAGAUAAAAUGGCGUCUUCGUUGAUGGGUUCAGUUCCGAUUUCGCAGAACGCCAAGAAAAAGGGAAAAAAGAAGGUGGGUUUGGAAGAUGAUGAGGAGUAUAAGCCAUCUGGUAAGGAUGAGGAAUUGAGUUCUUCAAGCGGAUCAGACGGUGACGACUACGAUGAUGAAUUUCGCGUAUCUCGAACGAAGCCGAAAGUGAAAAACUCAACACCUAGCAGGAAAAUUCCAAAGCUUUCUGGCAACUCAGAUUUUGUAGAUGAUGAUGAUGACGCUUUAAUGAAGGCCAUUGCUCUUUCCUUACAAGAUUCGCCGGGCUUUUUGGAUGUAGCGAGCAAAACGCCUCCUCAAAACUCUGAUGCAAAUGCAUCAAUUGUUGAAAAUAUCGAUAGAAAGCAGAUUAUAUCGAAGGAUGAUUCUGGAAAAAGAAAGAGGAAAAACUCGUUCACAAGUCGAGUGCAAAUGAGCGAGGAUGAGUUGAUACUACACUUCUUUCAGUUCGACGAAGCAGGCAAAGGGGGGAUAAAUCUACGGGAUGUGCGCAGAAUAGCAGCUUCACAUGAUUUUAUGUGGACGGAUGAAGAGAUGGAGAAUAUGAUUCGGUUCUUUGAUAGUGACGGGGAUGGGAAGUUAAGCCUCGAGGAUUUCACUAAGAUUGUUGAUCGAUGCAACAUGAGACAAGGGUCUGAAAAUGCAGGACGGGCUUCACCAGCAUCAUGAGUGAAUGAGUUACGUAUUUAGCAUGAAACCAUCAAAACCUCGGGUCAUGUUGCAAUGAAGGUCUCAUAGAUGGUCUCUUCGUUUCGACAAUCAACAUAGGAUAAAUGAAGAUCUGAUGGUAAGUUAUGUUUUUCGGACGGAGGUCACAUAUGCAUACAGUCUCAUUCUCAGAUCCCACUUCGGAUGAAAUAUAUUGAGUUCGUUUGGUUUGGUUUGAUUUGGUUUGUAGAUCUAAAUUCUUGUAGUGUUUGGGAUCUCAAAAUAUUGUUAAUGUGUAAAUAUAGGACGACUAUUAUGGGGAAGGUUUUGU